AUGCCUCCGAAUCGAAAGCAAGUAAGCGGCGUAGACACACUCGCGACACUGAACGUGUCGCAGUUUGUGGAGACUUCCAAGUUUCAGCCCUUGACUGCUGCGACCUCCGUGUCCGCAGCUCAAGUUCAAGUCCAGCAACAGCACGAAGGCCGCGAGGCUCCAAUCAUCGCUUCCGCCACCGCACCCUCCUUUCAGCAUGAUGAUCCCAUCAAGAAGGCAAUCAUCGAUCGCAUCCUGACAGAGGAACACCUUCGUCAACAGUUCUCAGCGGACCAUAUCAUCCAGUCCAACCUGCCGCGGGAAGAAACCAAGACAGACGGCGCGGUCCACCACCAAGCCAAUGAUGCCGAUGAUUAUUGGGCCGAGGAACAGCCGCAAGUUUCAGACUUGGAUGCGGCCUUCACUGUCCGCUCGAAGCACAGAGAUGCGGCCUACUGGGAAUGGAAGACACUAGGCCAACAGGAAGAGAAGGACGCGUUGGUGCAGCGGAUCCUCGAGGAAGAACGAGUGCGACAGCUGUUUACAGCGGAGCAUAUUGAGCAGACCAUUGUCAAGGAGGCUUCCAAGCUGCAGCAAAAGGGUGUGACACCCGAAGAGUUGGUUCCCCAGAACGAUUCCUACUGGAAUUGGAGCACUUCCAACGAGGACCAGAAGGAAGAUGACGUGGUGCUUCGGGCACAAGACAAGGAAGGCAUGAUCCAGGAGAUCCUCGAGGCCGAGAAGAUCCGCCAACAGUUUGCUGUGGAUAGCAUUGAAGCAAAGCUGAUCCAGGAGGCCAAGAACCAUGCCGCAUCCGCAUCUCAAGCGGUUGCAGGCAAUGACGACUACUGGGCUGGUUUUUAG